AUGCUGCCAAGGAUAAAGGCAGAUAAUGUCCGACGUGCUGCGGUGUUGGAAGGGAUGUGUAAAUCGAUGUGUCCGGAAAAGGAACGUUACGAGCGCCAACUUCAGGCGCGAAUAGCUGGGUAUGAGCUAGAAGACGAGGCUAAGUGGUUGAUCGACAAUAAAAGAAUAGUGAAAGAAUAUGUGCGAUCAUCUGCGGAUCAGGAGGAACCGCUUCCUCACGAGUUGCGAAGCAAAGAGGCCCUAGAACUGACGAUGAACUACUUGGUCAGAGACGUGGUAGCCCAGUGUCCAUUGGAAAACUCGCGCCUGCCAUCGUGGUACGACUUUGUCUGGAACAGAACUAGAGCAAUACGAAAAGUUAGUCGAGUCGAACAGACGCUACGCAACGCAGAAUUGCUUUAUUCUCUAGAAAUGCUUGAUUUAGGAGAUCACUCAGCAGAUGAUUACCGACGACAAAAUAUUGCCGAAUGCAUGCUUAGCUUAAAGCACGCGUAUGAAUAUUUGAGAAAAACAGGCGUCGAUUGCAAAAAUGAAGAAGAAUUUCGAGCAUUGGAUAUCUUAUUAAAUUUGAACGUACCGAUCCAAGUUUUAUCCUAUCCGGCUAAUUUACGGAACUCGCCUAAAGUGAAACUUGCUUUGAAAUUUUACAACGCAUUUCGAAGUAAUCAUUACGUGUCCUUCUUCCGUCUUCUGGACGAACAGGCAGAUUUCUUGCAAGCAUGUGUGCUGCACACCCACUGUAGAAAAGUGCGCUCUACUGCUCUUCAGAUAAUGUCGAAAGCUUAUGGACCAUCUAACGGAAAGGUAAACAUUGUCCCUCAAGUCAAAACGCCACUGACACUGCUGAAAUUCGACGAUCGAUCAGAUGCACUGAAUUUUUUAGCACAUUUCGGUCUUUCUGGCUGUUCUUCAGACGGAAGUCAUAUCAUUUUGCAAAGAUCCACAUUUCAGUGUCCGGAAGAACAGCCGAAGUUGCGGCAUUCUCUCCUGAUUGACCAGAAGUGCAACAAACCAAUAGCACAGGUACGAAAUUCACGAGAAAAAUUAAGUGAUCGAAAUAUUGGUAUCCUACUGUUUAACGAUUAUUAUCAUUAUCUUUUUAUCGCUUGA